AUGCUUCACAACAUCAACAGAUCUAAAAGAGAGAAGCCAUACUCCUGCUCUGAAAAAUGUUUUAAAACAUCAAAUGAGCUAAAGGUUCAUCAGAGAACACACACAGGAGAGAAGCCUUUCUUCUGCCCUUACUGUGGAACUAGUUUCUCUCAUAUUUCUAACUUAAAAUCACAUGAACGUAUACAUACAGGAGAGAAGCCAUACUCCUGCUCUGACUGUGGAAAAUGUUUUAAAACAUCAAAAGAGCUAAAAGUUCACCAGAGAACACACACAGGAGAGAAGCCUUAUUCCUGCUCUGACUGUGGAAAAUGUUUUAAAACAUCAAAUGAGCUAAAAGUUCACCAGAGAACACACACAGGAGAGAAGCCUUUCUUCUGCCCUGACUGUGGAACUAGUUUCUCUCAUCUUUCUAACUUAAAAUCACAUGAACGUAUACAUACAGGAGAGAAGCCUUACGUCUGCUCUGACUGUGGGGCAAGUUUCUCUCGUCUGGACACCUUAAAAUCACACCAACGUAUACACACAGGAGAGAAACCUUACUCCUGCUCUGACUGUGGAAAAUGCUUCACAACGUUAACUGAUGUAAAAGUUCAUCAGAGAACACACACAGGAGAGAAGCCUUAUUCCUGCUCUUACUGUGGAAAAUGUUUUAAAACAUCAACUCAGUUAAAAGUUCAUCAUAAAACACACACAGGUGAUGAGCCUUACGUCUGCUCUGACUGUGGAAAAUGCUUCAAAACAUCAAAUGAGCUAAAAGUUCAUCAGAGAACACACACAGGAGAGAAGCCUUAUUCCUGCUCUGACUGUGGAAAAUGUUUUAAAACAUCAAAUGAGCUAAAAGUUCAUCAGAGAACACACACAGGAGAGAAGCCUUAUUCCUGCUCUGACUGUGGAAAAUUACAAGUUGUAAGAUAA